AAUGGAUAACUUCAAUAUCUUGCUGCUAAGAAUAUCAGGAAAGCUGAGCGAAACGGAUCUAAGUAACAUGAAGUUUCUUUGCCAGGAUAAGAUACCUAGAAAAAAAAUGGAAACCAUUAUGAUUCCGACGGAUCUAUUCACAAAGCUCAUGGAGUUAACAGAGCUCUCGAAAGACAAUCUCGAUUUCCUGAUUCAGCUUUUACAGCAUGCACACAGACAUGAUCUCGCAGAAGAAGUGAAAGGAUUUCAGAUGCCGCUUUCCAGAGAGGAAGUUUCUGUGGACGAAGAAUCAGAUGAAGACCAGCUUGGCCAGGCAUUUGACAUUAUCUGUGAAAAUGUUGGGAAGGAUUGGAAGAUGCUGAUACGCACUCUUGGCAUUACCGAUAGCACAAUAGAGCAAGUAGCCUAUGCUAACCCAUAUAACAUGAAGGAACAAAUAAGGCAAUGUCUUCGGGAAUGGAAGAAAAAGAAGAGAGAGAAUGCAAACGUGUCUGUCCUGAUAAAAGCACUGGAAAACUGCAGAAUGAAGCUGGUGGCAGAUAAAUUAUCAGAUAAACUAAAUCUUAGUCAUGGAGAAUCAUAGAAAUGACCCUGGAAACAAAUUCUGAGAUAUCUAUGUAUGAAAUAUUUUUUGGUGUUUUAGGAAAA